UGGCUGCAUUUGGGGCCGAAGUUCCCUGUGGGAGGCUGUUUUCUGAGGGAGCCCAGUGUUUACAGGCAUUCAGGUCUGCUCCGCUCAGCUGAAGCAGAAAACAGAGACCUUUUGCAUUACUUUGGUUCAAGAGCAAGACAGGAGGCGACCACAUGAGACCAUGGUUGAGAUAUAUGGUCCUCCAGGUACUGAGGAACUCCAGGGGAUUCUGUGGGUCUCGCGGGCAGCCAACACCUCUACCUGUUCCUCAGAAGAUCGUGGCCACCUGGGAAGCCAUCAGCCUGGGAAGGCAGCCGGUGCCUGAGUACUUCAACUUUGCCCAUGAUGUGCUGGAUGUGUGGAGUCGGCUGGAAGAGGCUGGACACCGCCCCCCAAAUCCUGCCUUCUGGUGGGUCAAUGGCACAGGAGCAGAGAUCAAGUGGAGCUUUGAGGAGCUGGGGAAGCAGUCCAGGAAGGCAGCCAAUGUGCUGGGGGGUGCAUGUGGCCUGCAGCCUGGGGACAGAAUGAUGCUGGUACUCCCACGGCUCCCGGAGUGGUGGCUGGUCAGUGUGGCUUGCAUGCGGACAGGGGUUGUCAUGAUUCCGGGUGUCACUCAGCUGACGGAGAAGGACCUCAAGUACCGGCUGCAGGCGUCCAGGGCCAAGUCCAUUAUCACCAGUGACUCCCUAGCUCCAAGGGUGGAUGCCAUCAGUGCUGAAUGCCCCUCCCUCCAGACCAAGCUGCUGGUGUCAGACAGCGACAGUCGGCCAGGCUGGUUGAACUUCAGGGAACUCCUCCGGGAGGCACCUACAGAGCACAACUGCCUGAGGACAAAGAGUCGAGACCCGCUGGCCAUCUACUUCACCAGCGGAACCACCGGGGCCCCCAAGAUGGUCGAGCACUCCCAGAGCAGCUACGGACUGGGUUUUGUGGCCAGCGGAAGACGGUGGGUGGCCUUGACCGAAUCGGACAUCUUCUGGAACACGACUGACACUGGCUGGGUGAAGGCAGCCUGGACUCUCUUCUCUGCCUGGCCUAAUGGAGCUUGUAUUUUUGUGCAUGAGCUGCCCCGAGUUGAUGCCAAAGUUAUCCUGAAUACUCUCUCUACAUUCCCGAUAACCACCCUCUGCUGUGUCCCAACCAUCUUUCGGCUGCUUGUGCAGGAGGAUCUGACCAGGUACCAGUUUCAGAGCCUGAGGCACUGUCUGACCGGAGGAGAGGCCCUCAACCCUGACGUGAGGGAGAAGUGGAAACGCCAGACCGGUGUGGAGCUGUACGAAGGCUAUGGCCAGUCUGAAACGGUUGUCAUCUGUGCCAAUCCAAAAGGCAUGAAAAUCAAGUCUGGAUCCAUGGGGAAGGCAGUCCCACCCUACGAUGUGCAGAUUGUGGAUGAUGAGGGCAAUGUCCUGCCUCCUGGAGAAGAGGGGAAUGUUGCCAUCCGUAUCAGACCCACCCGGCCCUUCUGUUUCUUCAAUUGCUAUUUGGACAAUCCUGAGAAGACAGCUGCAUCAGAACAAGGGGACUUUUACAUCACAGGGGACCGAGCUCGCAUGGACAAGGAUGGCUACUUUUGGUUCAUGGGAAGAAAUGAUGAUGUGAUCAAUUCUUCAAGCUACCGGAUCGGGCCUGUUGAAGUGGAAAGCGCCCUGGCAGAGCAUCCUGCUGUCCUGGAGUCGGCCGUGGUCAGCAGCCCAGACCCCAUCAGGGGAGAGGUGGUAAAGGCAUUUAUAGUUCUUACUCCGGACUACUCCUCUCAUGACCCAGAGGCACUAACGCGGGAACUCCAGGAGCAUGUGAAAAGGGUGACUGCACCAUACAAAUACCCCAGGAAGGUGGCCUUUGUUUCAGAACUGCCAAAGACGGUUUCUGGAAAGAUCCAAAGGAGUAAAUUGCGAAGUCAGGAGUGGCGGAAAUGAGGUGCAACCCCAGGAAGGCCCCGUAGACCUCUGAAGGCUCCACGAGAAACUAAUGGAUCACUGGUCAGCCCCCAUGGGGAGCAUCAUCUCUUCAACCCUAAAGAUGUCAAAGGCGUGCAGCUUCCAAACGGCAUCCCCAGGAUCACUGCGCAAUGCUGGAAAGAGCAAAAGAAUAUCAUUGGCCCCGACCACAUAGAUGCUGCGCAGCCUAGCAAAUGCUUGGUGGUUUGACUUCUCCCUCUGUCUCGGGGGAGGCCCAGCAUCUGCCCACUGGUCUCACUAAGAGCUUCAGAUUUCCCUCUGUAGGACAGGUUACCGGAGCCGUGGGGCACUUGUGGGUACUCAUUCUCUGCUAGUGGGAAUGGAAAGGCUUCAUCCUUUGUAUGCAACCAUUUGGUAAAAGUAUGCAGGACCAUAAAAUUGGCAAUAUCCUUUAGCUCAGAAAUUCUACCUUCCUAAGUCACCACAAAAGAAAAAACUCAAAAUGCAGAAAAUGUGUGGUGCACUAAGAUGAUCACGCAGCAUUGUUUAAAACUAAAAAAAAACAAAAAACAAAAAACUAACAUCCAAACAACAAGGAAAUGAUUAACAAAAUUGUAGUACAUUAACUCAAUAACAUAUAAUGUGGCCAUUAAAAUAUUUAAGAGCAGUUUAGUAUGUCUUGAGAAAAGUGUAAGCUAUAUUAAUUUUAAAAAUCAGAAUAAAAAUAUUUGCAUACUGGAGAAUCCCAACUCUGAAAAAUAAAGGGGAAACUAGUUAAUUGUCAUUUUCCUGGAGAUUGAGGAGGGAGGGAGAGAAAAUAAUGGAUGGUAGUUUUUCUUCUUCCUUUUUCCACUACAUUUCUGUAUUUCCCAAGUUUUUGUACUAAGCACAUACAACUAUUUUAAUGAAAAAGUUAUGUUAAAGAAAGCACAUGCUACUUCAUGUCUAGUUCUUCCUCCACAUACUCACACAUCAUUCCCAAAGGCUGCUGUAUUAUGUCUGUAUUAGUCAGCAUUCUGCAAAGGAAGAGAAGCAAUAGGAUAUAUACAGACAUAGGAGAGGGGAUUUAUGGUGGGAAUUGGCUCACUCGAUUUUGGAGGCUGAGAAGUUCCACCAUCUGCCAUCUGCAUGCUGGAGACCCCAGGAAGGCCCAUUCCAUCUGAGUCCAAAGGCCUGAGAACCAGGAGAGCCAAUGGUAUAACUCCCUGUCGAGUGCAAAGGAUCGAGAACCAGGAGCUUCACCGUCUGAGGACAAGAAAACGCAGGUGUUCCAGCCCAAAAUGAAGGAGCAAAUUCGUCCUUUCUCCUUUUUCUCCUCUUCAUGCCCUAAUGGAUUGGAUGAUGCCUGCCCAUGUGGAUGAGGGCAGAUCUUCUUAGUCUAUGACUCUAUCUCUAGUAUCACCUGGAAACACCUCCCAGAGACACCCAGAAGUAAUGUUCAUAGCUAUCUGGGAACUCUUAACCCAGUCAAGUUGACACCUAACAUUAACCAUCACAAAGUCUUAUCCAGGAGGGGCAUAAGGACCUGAAGCCAUGGCUCAGGCCUGCAAACAGGAAAGGGUGGUUCUGGGAGCAACCCUGGAGGAAAAGCAGCAGAUGGAAACUGAAGCAAUCCCAGUGCUGCUGACCCCUCCCCUGGCACCGCCACAUCCUCCAGGGAAAAUUCAGGGAGCACCUACUCAAUACCGAGCCCUGAGACUGCAGUGAUACACUAAAGCCAGCCUAGUCCCUAUCUAUGUGAGUUUUCAGGGUCUGCCAUAACAAAGUACAACAGACUGGGCCAUUUAAACAACAGAAAUUAAAGUCCUCACCGUUCUGGUGGCUGGAAGUCUAGGAUCA